AUGAAGUUCACACUCGCUACCACCAUUGUCAUUGCAUCUCUAUCACAAGUCCUGGCCGUUCCAGCAACUAAGAAAGCAACUGCUGAGAAGUGCUACCCUCUGGACACAUCCUUCCAACUUAAUGUCCCACACGGCUCGACCAAACUCCCUCCGAUCAACUUCGGCGGCUACAAAUGGAAUAUUCCAAAGGCUGCUGUAGAAGGCAAGCUCGUCUCCUUCUUUGGCAACAUCCAUAACAAUCAGACCACGUCUUCUCAAAUCACAACUGUGACAAACUCCACAUCGGUUCCUGAUGGCAGCUCAAUGAGCAGUGCUAGUGGAUCUGCCAAUGGAACCACAAUCGUCACAACAACAUUUGCAAGCGGCAACGCCGCAAGCGCUGCGGGUGCUGCCCAAGAUACCACGAGUGAUUCCUCCACUGCUUCGACUGGUAAUGCCAACUCCACCGCCAUUGCCAAUGCAGCAGGCCAGGCAAGCCGCUGCAGCAACAAGCNNUGUGCAGCAGACAACGACGGCGCCAGUGCCUCUGCCGAUGAGAUCAACUCGGUUGUCUUUACCUCUGCCGACGGACUCCGCUUCGACAGUGUUGCUUAUGCGGCAUGUUCGGCUGGUGUCGUGGCACCUUCGACCGGGGAUAGUGGAAGCAGCUCUUCUGGCAGUCAGGCAAGUAUCAGUGGGGUUUCUGCUACUGUUACUUGUGAUGGAACUACUUCAACCGUGACUGAUGGCAGCACUUCCUAUGUUAUUGCCGUCAAGGGCAGCUACUGCACGGUCUCGGGCUUUUCGNGGGCUAUUGCCGGACAGAGGGCUGCUCAUGCUGAGGCGGAGUGUUGA